GCGCGGAGCGGAGCGGAGCGGCGGGAAGAUGGCGGCGCCCUCAGCUCCGCGGCCGCCGCGGCCCCGCAAGGACCCGCAGCCGCUCGUCAUCCCCCGCAACGCCGCCGAAGAGCAGCGGCUCCGCCUGGAGCGGCUCAUGAGGAACCCGGAAAAGACUGUUCCAAUCCCUGAAAAACUGAAUGAAUGGGCGCCACGACCUCCCCCGGAGUUUGUUAGAGAUGUGAUGGGUUCCAGUGCUGGUGCUGGGAGUGGAGAGUUCCACGUGUACAGACAUCUCCGUCGGCGUGAGUACCAGAGGCAAGAUUUCAUGGAUGCCAUGGCUGAGAAGCAAAGACUAGAUGAGGAAUUCCAGAAGAAACUGGAGAGGAAUAAGAUGAUUGCAGAAGAACAAACAGCAAAACGCAGAAGGAAGCGCCAGAAGUUAAAAGAGAAGAAACUACAAGCUAAGAAAAAUAAACUUGAACAAAAGAAGCAGGAAAAAGAACCUGCUCAGUCUCAAGAGCAAGCCAGCAGUGAGGAGGAUGAAGAGGACAGCAAGGAGGAGGAAGAGAAGGAAGAUGAUGCUGAAGAGCCAAGUUUUGUGAUGGGAAGAGGAUGAGAAGCCUUCCAGGGACAGCUGGAAACACUGUUCACUGCUUUAUAUUCAGGAGCAUGAAAGGUUUUCAUCUCAGCUAAGCAGAACCCAUUGGUGUGUGCUACAUCUGCUUAAUGGUGAAUGACCUUCACACCACAGGCCCAAGAGAGAAUGAUAGAGAAAAGCCAAAUAAGAUAUUUUUUUCUUAAUUGCUUGGAUAACUGCUGUGCAGUCUGCUCAAAGUUUGCUCUAAAGAGGCAGCCCUGAGGCUCUGGGACCCUAGAGUUCUUUCUGGUUUUUCUGUCUGAAGGCUAAAACUUAUCCAUUACCUUUUAAGGAAAAUAUUACUGUGAGGGCUAUGGAUUCUACUUAAUGUUGAAGCUGGUAGCAGUGGGAUACAUGGAUCUGAGGGAAGAGUAUAACCCAAAGUAGAGAAGGGGUCUGUAGCCAGACUCUUCUGCACUGUGAGUGUUCUGCAUUUGGGGUUUUGUAUAGGAUCAUCUCUAACCCAAAGAAAUUAGUUUAUGUUGCUAGACAAGCUCUAUAGAUUUUUAAGCAGGAUCCCUUUUUUAUUGCUACAAUUUUCCCUGUUAAUUUUCUUCCAUGUUUUUUUAAAUGAAUAAAAGGGAUGUGUUGGUUCA